UCUUCACAGACACGGGCUCCCAAGAAAUACAGACAACAUCUCACUGGGGAAUUACAAAAUUCAACUAUGAUCCAAGGCAAUGUUUUUGUUUUGACCCUCUGAGGACGUGACUAAGGACUUUUUUGUGAUUAUUUUGUGUGAGGUGGUAAGAUAUUAAGUUUUUUUUUUUUUUUUUUUUUUUUGGUGAAUUACUGCCAAGCACAAUGACUUCCAGGAGGCCAAUGACUCGCUCUUUUUCUGCCAACGGGAGGACAAGCAGCUUCAGUGAAGAGGACAGCAGCUCCUCCAAUGGCCGCACCGAAACCCGCAAUAAUUACCUUUCAAGCGUUAGGCCUGAAAACAGGAGCACAUUAUGCACGGUCAUGGCUCAGCUUACCGAGGACAUCCAACCUUGCUUUGAGACCACCUUAAAAUCAAAGGCAGUUUCGGAAAACUGUAACGUAAAGUUCACCUGUGUCGUAACAGGUUAUCCGGUCCCAGAAUUGAAGUGGUACAAAGAUGAUAUGGAAAUGGAUCGUUACUGUGGACUCCCAAAAUAUGAGAUCCUCAAAAAUGGGAAAAUUCACAGCCUUCAUAUUUACAAUUGCACAUUGGAUGAUGCGGCUAUCUAUCAGGUCUCAGCCAGCAACAGCAAAGGUAUUGUCUCCUGCUCAGGGGUAUUAGAGGUGGGCACCAUGAGUGAGUUCAAGAUCCAUCAGAGAUUCUUUGCCAAGCUGAAGCAGAAAGCAGAAAAGAAGAGGAGAGACUUGGAAGAGCAGAACAAGAAGGGGGGUACUAUCCAGACAGAUGAAUCACGGGUUAGUCCAGAGGCACCACCAAGAAAACGCCCAGUCCCACCACCGGAGCCGGUUCGAACAGCUAAUGAGUCUGAAGCUGUUAAGCAGCAAAGGGCUGCUGUAGAAAGCAAUGGGGUUCACUCUGAUGUCAAAGAAACAGCUUCUGCCGUUUCGCUGGACAAUGGUCUGAAAGAGAACAUACCGGUCUUUGAGGAACUCGUGGCAAAAAAGAAACCAAAGAUCACAAAUGGUGUCGAUGCUGGCUUUAGCACCGCCACAAGCAGCAACAGUAGAGACCAUGUCAUGGGAAAUGGCAGUGAAAACCGUUACGAUGGAGGAAUCAGUCUGGCACAAUUUUUAUCAGAGACUCUCCAGUCACAAACUGCUGAGGAGAACGAGAACUCGUGUGAAGUGGAAAAACCUCAAGAGAUGGACGUAUGUAUCGAAAAUGAGAGCACAGAGAAAGAAGGAAGGCAUGAUGAGUUACCAGUUGAAAAGAAAGAGCAUGAAACCGCGGUAGAAAAAGAUUUAGGUUUAGAAAGGGAAAAAGAAAAGGAAAGAUUACAAGAAGUGUCACAUCAGGCUGAACAUUCUAAACAUUUCAGAAAGGCGGUCAAGGAUCAUGACCAUCAUAACAUUCAGUCAUCCUUAUCCACCAUGUUGCACACAGUCAAAGAUUUCUUCUUUGGGAAGGGUAAGAGGGACUCUUAUGAAGAUAUUGAUAACAAAGAUAAAGAACAGGACCAGAAUCCCAAAUCCAUUAAAUCAUCACAAUCACUAACACCGCCAUCAUAUCGGCUGUACAAGAAGCAUCGGGCAGAGGUAGAUAAAGCUCACACGGACCAAAGUGCACCUAUGGAAAUAGAUACGUCAAAAGAACCCUCAAAACGCAUUGAUGAAGACCAACAGUCGGCAUCGAAGAAACUCUCGACAGCACAAGAACGUCAAAUAAACCAUGCUGUAAAGUCACCAGCUAUUGAAUUACCCCUUGGGAACCUUAAAGAGCCUAGAAGACAAAGUAACCAAGAGACUGGGCGUCAGGUAGAAAACAUGGAGCGAUCUGCGAGUGAAGGGACCCUCGGCCCAGGUCAACAAACGUCGUUCUCCAGUCUUCAAGUUCUUACUGAGGCUAAAGAGAAACAUACUGGGGUGGUGCCAAGUAUGGAUAUGGUUCCCUCACAAGCAGCAGAUACCCUGGUGGCUUCAACCACGCCACAGUACCGCGCUGCAGAGGUUACAUCGUCACCCAGACGAAAUAAAUCCUUCCCGCACACCAGCCGAAGUUUCAAUCAACAGUCUCCUCUUUUAAAAGAAAACCAAGCUCCUCCUUUCAGUGUUAUAUCAGCUUUGGAGACUAGUAACCUUUGUGUGACACCAACCGUGGCUUUGCAAAGGGGAGAAAUACGUGUUGGCAAGGUGGCUAAUGGCGAUAAACCUCACAAAGAGGUGAAAUACGCAACAUCGCCCAAGAAAUCAGGUUUGAAAAGUGAAGAAAAAUCAAAAGAGCUACCCAAUGUAAACAGACCCAAAGUGACUGUAUUAACACCGCCUUCAAUCGAAAAGGAUAAACCUGACAAAGAUGUGAACUGCACAUCCAAGAAAUUAUGUAUGGAAACUGAAGAAAAAUUAAAAGAGGUACCCGAUCUAAAUAAACCUAAGGUGGCCGUAUUAAUGCCACCGUCGCUGGAAGAGGGUAAACCAGGCACAGGGGUAAACUAUUCUUCCAAGAAAAGUGUGAAAACUGCAGAGAAUUUAAAAGAAAUAUCUCAUCCUGUGACAAGCACAACUAAGGUGGCUGUAUUAACACCGCCUUCAAUGGGUGAGGGUAAAAUUGAUAAAAAGGUGAACUACCCAUCCACAAAAAGUGUUGAAACUGAACCGGAAUUGAAAGAGCUACCCUGCCCCGAGAUAAAAAGACCCGAGAUGGCUGUGUUUACACCUUCUUCGCUGGAAGAGGCCAAACCUGACAAAGAGGUGGAGUACCCUUCCAAGCAAUGUGUGAAAACCGAAGAGAAAUUAAAAGAGCUACCCUGUCCCAAGAAGAACAGACCCGAGAUAACUGUAUUUACACCGCCUAUGCUGGAAGAGGGUAAAUCUGAUAAAAAGACGAACUACCCCUCCACAAAAUCUGUGGAAACUGAGGAGAAAUUGAAAGAGCUAAAAUAUCCCAAUAAAAACGGACCCGAGGAGGUUAUAAUAACACCACCUUUGCUAGAAAAGGCUGUCAAGAUGAGGGAAAUAAAAGCACCCGACCAGACACUUGUCGCUAAUAUGGAAGCACAUAGCUUACAGAGAGAUGAUGCAAAAGACAUUUUUGAAAGUGUUAAAGCAUCAGAUCAUACACAUAUCUCAAAUAUGGAAGCGCUUAGCUUACAGAAAGAUAAUGCAAAAGACAUUUUUGAAAGUGUUACAGUCACACGGGAAAUCAGUAUAGGGUUUCCACCUGAUACAGCCCCCAAGAUGGUUGACCUAAAAAUGUGGUCUGAAUGCAUGCCUUCUUUAGCAGAUGAAAGCGAAAGGGACUUAAAAGAAAGACAACCACAGAGUUCUGAGUCCAGUUUUAAAAGUAAUGAAGAGCGAGAGGAAAGGAUAGAGGUAGUCACGGAUGAACAGAACAAUCUGAACAAUCUGAAAGAGCAAAAGCUAUCUACUGUACAGCCUAUUAAAACUAACGAUCAAGUUUCAGAAAUGGUGAUAGAAAUGAAACCACCAGCAGUAGAAUAUGAUUUGAACAAAGAGUCUGCCAAGAUUAUAACAGACAAGAAAGAUAAAGAAAUUAAAAUGGGUGUUUUUGAAGAAGCUUCAAACAUGGAAUAUCAAACCCAUAAUAAAAAAGAGCAAUUUAUCUCAGAAAAGGUUCCCCUCUUAUCAAUGUGUAUGGAAGACACAGGAAAUAUCAAAGAACAUAUGGAUGACAAAAUCACAAAUGAAUAUAUGGCUGUCCCAAGGGUUGACGUAAUCAAGCCUCAAUGCACACAUAAUACUCUUCCGCUCACUAUAUUAGCUCUCAAGAAGAUAGAAUCAGAGCCAAGUAUUUUAGAAAAGCAUCUAAAACCACAAACUAUAGCCAGGGAUGUUGAUUCCUCAGGUUUGUUGCCAAAGCAGACAUCCUCAAACUCAGCUAAACUGAUGGAACCUGUGCAGUCAGAUGAAAAGAAAAAAACAAUUGCACAGGACCAGACAAGCGCAAAAGUUAGUCAACAGCUGUCUCAGGUGGACAAUGAACCCAUUCCACAAAUAAAUGUUUCAUGCAGUGAUGACAAGGAGGAUCAUAAAUCCGUAACCACCCAUGUCCAGGAUACCCUGCAGCCCUUAGAAACGUCGACAGUACCUUUGUUUGUUGUGCCGCCAAUAUCUGUCACAUGUCACGAAAGUGAGGGUGAAGAAAGGUUGCACACUCACUAUGAGGGGACAGAAACUGAUACUUUGGUUGUCACAGAGAGUGUUAGACAAAGUGGCAUUGGCAGUGACACCAUAAUUACAUCUGAAAAAAGUCAACACGUGGCAGAACAUAGUCUACCAGAGAGCAUUUCAUCCUUACCAAAUGAAAAUCUGCUACAAAGAGGGAAUGACUCUGGGCCUCCUUUAGGUAAAACCACAGAAGACAAUGUUUCCCUUGAAAUUCUGAAGGCAAAACCCCUAAAACAAGCUAAGAUUGACACUUCCGUGACCGUUGAGGACCUUCUCAGAAACAGAGCCCCGGUUGAGAGACUCACGCAAAAACCCCCCACUCACCCAUCACUGAGCCCUGGUAGUAUCCGUAAAUUUAUGGCUAAGGCUGCCGCAGAGCUAGAAAGUGAUGCUGGGAUGAUGGUCCCUGUGAUUACAGUGGAUGACCGUCAGAGUGACAAGGCGGAUGAGGACACGAGUGGCGGAUCGACACCGACGUCCUCUACACCGACAUCAUCGUUGUCCUGUGAAAGCAGCCCAAGGCUGAAACGAAGGGACAGUCUUACACUCAUCCGCUCUGCCACGCCUGAGGAGUUGGCUUCAGGAGCCCGCCGCAAGAUCUUUAUGCCUAAACCUAAAGAGGAUGUUGACUCACCUGCUAGUGCACUGGAAGCUCAAAACAAGAAGGAGAGCCCCUACAUGUCUCCAAGCCAGGCUCGCAGAGCGGCUUUGCUCCAAGCACCUGUGGGACAAAACACCCCCCCAAUGGAGAGGCGCUCACCACUCAUGAAUCGAAGGAAGGCCACGCUAGAGGUACCCAAAGUGGUGGAAGAGCCACCCAAAGAGGAGCCAGCUAAGGGUGUAAAAGAGGAAAAAGUUGCUGAAAAGAAGUUUGACCCUCUGAAAGCUCCACAGGUCAUCCGUAAGAUCAGAGGAGAACCUUUCCCCGAUGCCUCUGGACACCUGAAGCUCUGGUGCCAGUUUUUCAACGUGCUGUCCGACUCCUCUAUUAAAUGGUUCAGGGAUGAAGAGGAAAUACUGGAGGUCAAGAGAAGUGCAGGGGAUGAGACUCAAGUGGCACUUGCUAUCGUUCUGGCAGCAAGCCAAGACUGUGGCGUGUAUGGCUGCACCAUCAAGAAUGAAUAUGGCACCGACACCACAGACUUCCUCCUCAGCGUGGACAUUCUGUCAGAUAUUCUUCUCAGAGAUGAUUUGGAAGUUGGAGAGGAGAUAGAGAUGACACCACUGCUGUUCACCAAAGGCCUUGCUAACUCCGGCAACUGGGGUGACAAGUACUUUGGCCGCAUCAUGACUGAGAUGGCGAACAUUGGUGAAGGUUGCAGACAUAAAGCCAGUCGAGUGAAAGUCAUCUAUGGUUUGAAUCCUAUCUAUGAGUCUGGAAGUACAUGCAUCAUCAAGGUUCCAAACCCUAUUCCCUAUGGGACCAAGCAGGAUAGCAAUCUUAUAGAUAGAAAUCUAGAAAUGACAAAACAGGAAUGUAAAAUCCAGAACAUGAUCCGAGAAUAUUGUAAAAUCUUUGCGGCUGAAGCAAGAGUAAUUGAAAACUUUGGCUCUUCACUGGAAGUAAUUCCUCAGUACCUGAUGUACCGACCUGCCAACUCUGUGCCGUAUGCCACAGUGGAAGUUGACUUAGAGGGGGUCUUUCUCAAGUAUUCUGCGACAGAUGCCAAAGGCAAUGUGAUUGCGCGAAGUGCCUCUGAGAUGGAACAGAAAUGUAGCACUUUCCAACACUGGAUUCACCAGUGGACUCACGGCAAUUUGCUCAUAACCCGCAUGGAAGGUGUUGAAACGAAGAUUACGAAUAUUAGAGUAGUGACCAAGACUAGAGGGUAUCAAAGCCUGACAGACUGCGGCUCUCCAGAAGUCUUUGAGCAUUUCCCAACGGUCCACCAGUGCAACUACUACUGUGGACUCCUUGGCCUGCGCCCACUCAAAACUCAGGACCAGACCACCAAGGUAAAGGGUUCCAGGAGCCCCAAUCUCAACCGCAAGUUGACCCCAGGCUCAGGCAGCCCGCAGCCACACCGUAAAGGACAUAGUCCACAGAUGGCUCGGAAGGCUAAUGAGAGUCCAAAGGUGACAAGGAAAGUCCAGGAGACAGGGGACAAUGACUCAAAUGACAAACUUAAAUCUGCAGAAACAACUGAGGCUCUUGAAAUGAGGUAGGGGUGUUUUAGUUGUUUCUCAAAAAAUGAAAAGGACUUCCUUCUUAUUAAAAAAAAAAAAAAAGACUAGACCUAUGGAACUUCUUAUCCAUGCUAGAAAGAUGACUACAAUAUAAAACUGUGCACAGGUUGUGCUAAAAUGAAAAUGCACUAAACUCUUCAGCUCCAGGCCUCGUUAGAGUCGACGUUAGACUACUGAUUUUAUCACAAACACGUGCCUCGGAGUCUUAUCAGCUCCACGAGUCAGGUGCAGAAAAACAAGUGCUAUAACAAUAAUGGCUGUUAUGUUGAAGGCGUUUUUUUUUUUCGUUUUUUUUUUAAUUUCAUAAAGAUGUCCCAUUUUGUUUAAUGUCCACAAAGGUUGUACAACACACUGCAUGCUCAUCUGUGAUGCAAUGUAUGUGCACAGGGGCAUCUUUUCUUCCGCAUAACAAAUUGCUUAAAAGCAGAUGGCAUAUAGGAGCUUGCGCUGUUCAUUUUAGUCCAAUGAAAAGUCAUAAUACUGACACUUUUUUUAGGUUCAACUGCACAAUCCAAUGAUGUUUGAAGUUAAUAACAUUUGGUUCUGAGGCAUUUAUUGAAGCUUUAACAGCCUGCUGAGUGGCAUGCAAAAGGGUAAAUUACUUUUUUUUUAAUUGCUUUUGAUUAUUGUGAUUUGUUACCGUUUGUUUAAUAAAGCAAAUUAAUCCUCCAAAAUGACUCUUAUCGAAUAAAAUUAGUUCUAUUUUCAUAUAUUAACCAGAAAAAUAUUAGUUUAACACAGUAAAAAAACAAAUCUGUGAUGCAAUUAACCACUAAAAAAGUGAACGACAGGUGCAGGUUUAUCUGAUGUUAGGCUCAGUGAGUGUAUUUGUGUGCACAUUAAUUAGUAAUGUUCAGUAAUUUCUGUUUCUGGAGUUUGCCUGCUUUCAAAUACUGUCAAAAUUACAGACAUAUCAUUAUAUCUGUUUUAACCAUGUAAUGUUCCGGACAGUAGGCAGCUGUAUCCUGAAAGCUGCUGUUUCAGCGCCACGUUCUUAUCUGGAGCCGACCCAUGAACAUGCUGGUCAAAGUAGGCAAAAGAGCACACUCAGGAGUUCUCACAAGUAUUUCACUCUCUGCAAAACUCAAUACAACUCAGCCAGAUAAAAGACUUUGAACAGAACAAUGUGCAGCGAUUGUGUCUGUUUUUAAUGCUGAGAACACACAGGCUAUAAACGGUCAUUCCUUAUUCAAAAAAUAAAAACAAAACUGGUCUGGAAGAAUCUGAAAGGAACGGCAUGGUUGUGGAUUCUUUUUUAACAAUCAGUGGGAAUUAGCAGUUUGCUUUAAAAGACAUUUCUCACGUUAUUAAAAAAAAAAAAAAAAAGUUGGAAAAUGAGCCUCAGACAAGGGACAGUCCAAAAUUGGAUCGACUUUGUAAUAUGGGUAAAGACAGUUAUUUCAAACUGUGUUGACAAAAAGGCGAAUUAUUGCAACUGGCCCAAAUGUUUGUUAGAAUGAGUGAGUGUGAGACAAAGUAUUACAGUAUGUUUAUUAAGUAUUACACCAUGUCAAAAUAAUAUAUUUUCUAUUUUUAAUAAAAAUGCAAAACAUUUGUUUUCUGAGUAUGAUUCAUAUUUCA